AUGAAGUUCGUUGUUGCUGCUCUGUUUUUCACCUCGGCCACCUUCUUUCAAUUAUGUUCCGCCUUUCCGAAAUCUGGUUCAGGUCCAAAUGUUCCUCCUCCAGAUGGUGGGGCGGCCACAGAUCCAUCUCAAAUGGGAGAUAAUAAUCCACCAAGUAAAAUGCCUCCGACAGAUUCCAGUUCAGGUCAAGAUGCUCCUCCUCCAGACGGUGGACAGGCCACAGAUCCAAGUCAAAUGGGAGCUAAUAAUACACCACCUAAACAGGAUAAGCCAGAUUCCAGUUCAGGUCAAGGUGUUCCUCCUCAAGAUGAUGGAUCAGCCACAGAUCCAAGUCAGAUGGGAGCAAAUAAAACACCAUCUAAAAACGCUAAACCAGAUCCCAGUUCAGGUCAAGGUGUUCCUCCUCCAGAUGAUGGAUCGGCCACAGAUUCAUCUCAAAUGGGAGCCAGUAAAACACCAGCUAAAAACGGUAAACCGGAUUCCAGUUCAGGUCAAGAUGUUCCUCCUCCAGAUGAUGGAUCAGCCACAAAUCCAAGCCAAAUGGGAGCUAAUAAACCACCAGGUACAAAUACUAAACCGGGUUCCAGUCCAGAUCAAGGUAUGACUUCUUCUGAUGGUGGACAGGCCACAGAUCCAUCUCAAAUGGCAGCUAGUAAAACAUCAGGUAAAAACAAUAAACCGGGUUCCAGUUCAGAUCCUGGUAUGCCUUCUCCUGACGGCGGACCGGGCACAGAUCCAAGUCAAAUGGGAGCUGAUAAAUCACCAACUAAAAAUAAUAAACCAGAUCCCAGUUCAGGCCAAGGUGUUCCUCCUCCAGAUGAUGGAUCGGCCACAGAUCCAUCUCAAAUGGGAGCUAGUAAACCACCAGCUAAAAACGGUAAACCAGAUUCCAGUUCAGGUCAAGAUGUUCCUCUUCCAGAUGAUGGAUCAGCCAAAGAUCCAACUCAAAUGGGAGUUAGUAAAAUACAAGUUAAAAAUAAUAAACCGGGUUCCAGUCCAGGUCAAGGUAUGACUCCUUCUGAUGGUGGACCGGCCACAGAUCCAUCUCAAAUGGCAUCUAGUAAAACAUCAGGUAAAAAUAAUAAACCGGGUUCCAGUUCGGAUCCUGGUAUGUCUUCUUCCGACGGUGGACCGGACACAGAUCCAAGUCAGAAGGGAGCUGAUAAACCACCAACUAAAAAUAAUAAACCGGGUUCCAAUCCAGAUCAAGGUAUGAUUCCUCCUGAUGAUGGAUCGGUCACAAAUCCAACCCAAAUGGGAGCUAAUAAGAAACCAGGUAAAAACGGUAAACCAGAUUCCAGUUCAGGUCAAGAUGUACCUCCUCCUGAUGAUGGAUCGGCCACAGAUCCAGCUCAAAUGGGAGCUAGUAAAACACCAGGCAAAAAUAAUAAACCAGGUUCCAGUUCAGAUCCAGGUAUGUCUCCUACUGACGGUGGGCUGGGCACAGAUCAAGCUCAAAUGGGAGCUAGUAAAAUACAGGUUAAAAAUAAUAAACCGGGUUCCAGUCCAGAUCAAGGUAUGAUUCCCCCUGAUAUUGGACCCACCACAGAUCCAUCUCCAAUGGGAGCUAGUAAAAUAUCAGGUAAAAAUAAUAAACUAGGUUCUAGUUUAGAUCCUGGUGUGUCUUCUCCUGACGGUGGACCGGGCACAGAUCCAAGUCAAAUGGGAGCUGGUACAGCGCCAACUAAAAAUACUAAACCAGGUUCCAGUGCAGAUCAAGGUAUGAUACCUCCUGAUGUUGCAGCCGCCACAGAUCCAGGUUCCAGUUUUUCAGCUCUCUCAGCGGUAAACAAAAACUCUGUUCCAGGCAAAUCUAAUCAAAAGGGAAAUGCAGCUAAGAAAUCUGGUAAAGGUAAAAUGUCUCAUAAGCAUAAAAAAUCCAGAAAAGGUAAAAAAGGAAAACAUGGUAUAUCUUUAUAA